AUGACAGAUGAUAUCCACGCGGCCAACGACGACCUCGAACUGUCACACAUAUCCGGCAUAUCACGACCUGUACGACCAAACCCAACCCCAAUUGCUUGCAAAACACCUCCCUGGAUCCCACCACGUAUACCACACACGAUUAAUCCUCGCCACAAAAGAGGCGCGAGAAGCCGCGACGACCUGACUGCGGCUCCAGCCAACCGCGUGCUUUGGAACAAAGGGAUCUUCGAUCUUCAACCCAAUACAGUACCGAGCGAGCCCCUCAAACCCCGGAUCCAACUCCCGCCAUUCACUCACUCACUCCUCCGACCAACAACUGCAGUGCCACGAAUAGCAGCGAUGGCAGAAUCCUACGACCGCGAGCGCCAGAAUGACAGUAGACUCGAUGAGCUGUCCGCGAAAGUCAGUGCCCUCAGGGGCGUCACGGUGGACAUCUACGAUAACGCAAGGGCGCAGGACGUCAUUGAUAAUACCUCCGACACAUUUUCCUCCAUGGGCACGACGCUCAAGGGAUCCGCGCAGAGGUUAGGGCGCAUGGCGGCGUCGGGGAACAAGAUGGCUGCGCUCAAGCUGUCGGGGAUAAUUGUUGGGACGGUGCUGGUGUUAUGGUUUAUUUGGGGGCUGUUUGUAUGA